AUGGGUGUCCGUGUGCGUACCGGUGCUGUUCGUCACCCUCAAUCGCAGGGCUCUGCUGAGCGUGCCAAUCGUACUCUGCUCGGCCUCAUCCGGAAAGUCCUCGAUGGCUCUUCGGACUGGAGGGGUGAAUUGGAUAUGCUCCUGUUUUUCUAUCGCAAUCGACCUCACAGUGCCACUUGCCUGUCGCCGAUGGAAACCAUAGUGGGCUGGAAACCCCCUCACUUCAUUAUUGCGGACACCGCCGAAGCGUGCAGCCUCAGUGACUGGGCCACGAAACAUGCUAAGCGGUCUGCUCGGAUUCGUGAUCUGAUCGAUGCUGAGCUCUCGGCGAGCGACUUCGUCGAGGAAGAGUCACACUGUCCCUAUACUGUUGGUGAUCACAUGAUGUUGCAGCGUCCAGAUCGCCAUCAGAAGCGCCUUGCACCCUAUGAGCGUGGCUGGACAGUGAAAGCAAUCGUAAGUCCAACGACUGUGGUGAUUGAAAAGCCAAGUCCGGACAACCGCUGA